CAGUUUAAACCAAAAUAAAAGUUAACCUUUAGCUGAAAAAUUAAGUAUACGCCUUGUACAACAAUUGUGAAUUGUACAUUUUUUUAAGUGUUUUUCUGCUGUUGCAAAAACAAAAUUUAAACAUUAACAAACUAAGGACUAAGGCUAAAAAGAACCAACAAAACAUAUUGAAAACCAAAACGAAACCGUCUCUAAAAAGUGCCUAAAAAUCUUAUGAAAAUCAUUUACAAAUUUGUGAAUACCAGAAAUUGGUCCAACCUGAAGUGUGAUAAAAAUUUAAGCAAGAAAACAAAAACAAAACUUAAACAAGUGACGGCAAUUCGUACACAAUUUGAACGUCGCAGAUAAGGACAAGAAGAAGAAGAAGAAGAACGGAAAUAAUCUUUCAUCCAAAGUGAAACUCUUGGAUAUCCAUAUACACAUAUAUAGUAUUUUGUAAUUCGGAAUCGCGUCAAGAAAAGGCAACACGCUGGCAGUUAACGGUAUUUGCAGUGCAGGCUUUGCCUUAUCAGCGAUGCCAUUUAUCGAUGACGCACUGCUCUGGUGUCCCGAUAACGAUGGUCGUCUUGUCGGAGGUCUAGACCUAGCAACCUGCAUGCCGGACGAGUCCACGGAUAACGGCGAGAAUAUAACAGGAACAAUCGCAGGCGUUGGAAGCACAGGAACAGUCCCCCAAACAUCGUCCGCAUCAGCCGGCGGAGCGGGAAACGGAAUCGGAGCGCAGACGGCCUCGACUCAGGAGCUGAGCGGCUCGGCAGCACGGAAUGUGAAUGUGGUGGUGGAGCCACUCUGUGGCGGUGACUCAUCGGACGAACUCUUCCGCACGCUCUCCGAGAGAGAGAUCUCCUUCGAGAUCGACAGUCUGCUGUCCGAUUUGGCGACCGUCGAAGUCAAAGUCGAAAAUGAGGAGAACAACAACAAUGUCAUUAGUGCCGCCGAUGCCGGCGUUUUGGCCAACGAUGGCGACUUCGCAGCCAGCGUCGCCGCCGCCGUCGUUGCCAACGACGACUUGCUAGCCAAAGAUAAUGCCGCACUCAGUGCCUCCGGCCUCGUUGACUCAGUGGGUGCCACCCUGGCCGAUGGCGGCGACCCGCACUCCAGCGCCACCGCCUUGUUGGCCUUCGGCUCAGGCACGGCCGCAGCGGCGUCGGCAUCGGCGGCCAUUGCUGCAGCAGCGGCUGCCCUCUGCGGGGAUAUGCUGAACAACAACAGCAACAAUGAGUGCUCAUCCAAAUUGGAGUAUGGAUUGUUGCAACAACAACAACAGCAACAACAACAGCAACAACAGUUGUCGCCCCACAUGGAGCAGCGUUUCGUGAACAGCGCCGCUGCCAAUCCGCUGCUGGUGGAGAAGCUGAUGUCCAAGUGUCUGAACAUUGAGAAACGAUUGGACAAGCUGAGCGACACUGAAAUUCCUAUUGUGAAACAAUCAACGAGUCCGGCACCACAGCAACAGCAGCAGCAGCAGCAGCAACAACAACAACAGCACCUGCAGCAUCAGCAACAUCAGCAGCAACAGCAACACAAUGCAACAACCUUUGCGGGUGCAACAACACUUUUGCACAUCAAGACCGAGCAAAAUGCGCUCUUAACGCCAUUACAACAACAACAGCAGCAGCAGCAGCUGGCAAAUAGCUUACAACAUGGUGGCAAUGGUGGGUCGAGCAGUGCUAACAGUGCGCUACAACAACAACAACAGCAGCAGCAGCAACAACAACAACCAUUGGCGAUACCGCAUCGACCAUUGCUGCACAAUUUGCUCAGCGGCGGUGCAAUUCACAAUCCGCAUCACAGAAACUACACGACAGCCACAACAGGUUCAUUUCCGCCCAGUCCCGCGGACAGCGGCGUCUCCGAUGUGGACAGUUCCAGUUCCGGCGGUCAGCCGUGCGCCGACGAGUUGAAGGCCCGUCUCGGCAUGCCCACAGCUGCUGCAGCAGCAGCCGCCGCGGCCGCCGCAGCCCAUUGUACCGCGCCCACACACACCGCGGCCGCGGCAGCGGCCGCUGCAGCGGCUGCGGCGCACCUACACGGCACCGGCACGUUUCUGCACCCGAACCUCUAUCAGAACAAUGCAGCAAAUUCGUUGCGGAACAUCUGGAACCGUAGUGUUGGGGUGACCGACAACUAUUACCUGGCGACAGGCGGCAAUGGCAACAACAACGGCGCUGGCGGAAACGGAGGCGGCAGUGGCAGCAAUACCGGCACGCCGAAUGCUCAAACUGCCAGCUAUCUGACAACGUCCUACUUCAAUGCGCCGGCGGUGACAGCAUCCCAGCGCAGUGCAGCAAGCAACGGCUUUGCCACACAUCAUUCCCUGCAGCAGCAGCAACAGCAGCAGCAACAACAACAACAACAGCACGCCGCACAGCAAUCGCUUCUGCAGCACACGCAUCAGCAGCAACAGCAGCAGCAGCAACAGACGGCAGCAGCUCUGCAGCAGUUGCAUGCGGCGCAUCAUCAUCAACAGCAGCAGCAACAGCAGCAGCAACAACAACAACAACACCCGCAUUCUCAGCUAGCGGCCCCGGUGCCGCCACCCUCGCAUCCGCAUCCACAUCCAGCGCAUCAGCAUUCAGCACAGCACACGCAUUCCACAAUUGCCAAUGCUGCGGCAGCGGCGGCGGUCGUGAGCAGCAGCAGCGCUGCAGCUGCCGCAGCGAUGCUCGGCGUGAGUGCAGCAGCUGCGAAUGGGGGCGGUGGCAGCGGGGCGGGGCUGCACGGCCAGAGCGUCAUUCAACCCGCGACGUCGAGCGUUAACUAUGAUCUCUCCUAUAUGCUGGAGCUCGGGGGCUUUCAGCAGCGUAAGGUGAAGAAGCCACGGAAGCCGAAGCUCGAGAUGGGCGUGAAGCGACGCAGCCGCGAGGGUUCCACCACCUAUCUGUGGGAAUUUCUGCUGAAGCUGCUGCAGGAUCGGGAAUAUUGUCCCAGGUUCAUCAAAUGGACGAAUCGGGAGAAAGGUGUCUUCAAGCUGGUCGACUCCAAGGCGGUCUCGCGGCUGUGGGGCAUGCACAAGAACAAGCCGGACAUGAACUACGAGACAAUGGGCAGGGCUCUGCGGUAUUACUAUCAGCGCGGCAUACUGGCCAAGGUGGAUGGACAGCGCCUGGUCUAUCAGUUUGUCGAUGUGCCCAAGGAUAUAGUCGAGAUCGAUUGCAAUGGAGUGUGAGCGCCGCAUCGAUCGAGCUCCAAGCUGUGCGGAGCUGUGUAAAUAGAUGAUAAUGUGAUGGGGAUAGAAUGGAAUGCAAUGAAAUGGGAAUGGGGCGGAAUGAACUGGAAUGGAACACGAAUAUUGAAUUGUGUUUCUGGGUGGGUGGGUUCACAACCGGCUAGCGGCAAUAGUAGCAAUGUAACUGUAAGUCCCGUGCCCCUUUUUUAUGUGGGAUGUACAAAGAAGGCGUUACGUUUAAGCAAAACAUCAGAUAUUUAACAUAAAAACAGAUGAUACGACAUACACACACAUAUAUAGUACACAUGUGUAUGCAUGUACAGUUGAUUGAUAAUUGUGACGGUUUUUGUGUAUAUGUUGAGUUUAUUUAAGUUUAAGUGCAGAUUCUCUGCAAGCAGAAUGGCGGCAUAUGUAUCCAUACAUAGGGGUAUGUACGGCGCGAUAAAGUGAGAAAGAGUUAAAAUUACAUAGUUAAUAGGCAAGUACACCUACAUACAUAUAUACAUGCGUACAUAUAAAUAUACCCUAUACAUAAAAAGAAAAGGAAAGGAAGAAACAAAAAUUGGCAGUAAAUCGAAGAUCUAUUCAUCGGAG